AUGGCCGAAGAGACUCUCUAUUCCACGGCUGGGUGGGGUUCUGGCCAGAUCCUACUCUUCACGACCCUGCACCUGCUUCACAAAAUUCUCCGGUUCUUGGGGGUGCUGCUGGCUGUGAUGGUGACCCGGAACCAAGGCGCUCGAUGCGGCCUACGAAAGGCCUGCCUCCAAGACGGUUCCAGACCUAGCACCAUGGAGAGCGGUCGUUGGGACAACGAACCUUUUAACAGGGAGGGGUGUAACAGGCUGCACAUUUCGUCACGACGUCACUUCAACAAACGGUUUUCUGAGAUGACGAACAGGACCUCGUACUUUUACGACCCGGACGUGGGGAACUUUCAUUACGGUGCUGGUCACCCCAUGAAGCCUCAUCGUCUGUCCCUCACACACAGCCUGGUCCUACACUAUGGUCUCUACAAGAAAAUGAUGGUUUUCAAACCGUACAAAGCGUCCCAACACGACAUGUGCAGGUUCCAUUCUGAGGAUUACAUCGACUUCCUGCAGAAAGUGUCUCCAAACAACAUGCAGGGCUUCACCAAGAGCCUCAACACUUUCAAUGUGGGCGAUGACUGUCCGGUUUUCCCAGGUCUGUUUGAGUUCUGCUCUCGUUAUACCGGCGCUUCACUGCAGGGGGCGACACAACUCAACCACAAGCUCUGUGACAUCGCCAUCAACUGGGCUGGAGGACUACACCACGCCAAGAAGUUUGAGGCCUCUGGGUUUUGUUACGUCAAUGACAUCGUCAUCAGUAUCCUGGAGCUGCUCAAGUACCACCCUCGCGUCCUCUACAUUGACAUUGACAUUCACCACGGAGACGGCGUGCAGGAGGCCUUCUACCUGACCGACCGCGUCAUGACCGUGUCCUUCCACAAGUACGGCAACUACUUCUUCCCCGGCACAGGUACGACACGGGUGCAAACAACACGGCGGUGUUCUGUGGAGUUGAUCCCACCGAGCCUCAGCCGCUCGACCACCGAACGAAAGAUCCCACCGAGCCUCAGCCGCUCGACCACCGAACGAAAGAUCCCACCGAGCCUCAGCCGCUCGACCACCGAACGAAAGAUCCCACCGAGCCUCAGCCGCUCGACCACCGAACGAAAGAUCCCACCGAGCCUCAGCCGCUCGACCACCGAACGAAAGAUCCCACCGAGCCUUAGCCGCUCGACCACCGAACGAAAGAUCCCACCGAGCCUUAGCCGCUCGACCACCGAACGAAAGAUCCCCACCGAGCCUCAGCCGCUCGACCACCGAACGAAAGAUCCCACCGAGCCUUAG